CGGGACGGGGUGGGGGGGGGGGCGGCCCCGGGGCCCCCCCCCGGCGGAGGCGGCCCCGAAAGUCCCGUCGCUGCCGGCGGGGAAGUCCCGGGGUCUCUUCCGCUCCGCAGCGGGAUCUAGGCGUCCGGGAGGGGACCCAGACGUCCGGGGGGGACCCAGGCGUCCGGGAGGGGACCCAGGCUCCCGGGGGGGGGGGGACUCCGGCGCCCACCCCCCCCUCCCCAGCCUCCCCCAGCCCCCUCCCCAUGGCGGACGAGCUACCCGUGGACCUGCGGACGCGACGCGGGGCCCCCCCCGGAUCGGGACCCCCCGAAACGUCGCUGCCUCUGCGGAAGCGGCGCUCGGUGAUGCGGGGGGAGAUGGGGGGACCCCCCCCCGGGGCAAGGACCCCCCCCGGGGCAGGGACCCCCCCCCGGGGAAAGCGCCCCGCGGCGUCCCCCUCGCACCGCCCCCCACCGCCUGCGCCCCCCCCCGGCCUCGGCCUCGGCUUCCCCCCCCAGCCCUCCGCCUUCUUCUCAGGGCUGCGGGGGGAGCUGCCGCUGCCGUUGCUGGGGGGGGCCGGAGCGGGGUUGGCGGCCCCCCCGGGGGUCCUGGCCCUCCCCCCCGCCCCCCUGGCCCUGCUGGGACCCCCCGAGACCCAACUGGCCGCCGACAUCGCCGCCGCCACCGGGCAGGACGAGGACGGUGACACGGCGCUGCACAUCGCUGUGGCUCAGGGGGCCCUGGGGGCCGCCCGACGCCUGGUGGGGCUGUUCCUGCAGGGGGGUCGGGAGCUGGACGUCUACAACCGCCUGCGGCAGACCCCGCUGCACCUGGCGGUGAUCACGGGGCAACCGGGGCUGGUGCGGCUGCUGGUGGCCCACGGGGCCUCGCCGAUGGCACUGGACCGACUGGGGCGCACGGCCGCCCACCUGGCCUGCGAGAGCCGCAGCCCCCGUUGCCUGCGCGAGCUGCUGCGCCCCGGCCCCCGGGGGGGCCCCGACCUGCAGGCUCGCAACUACGAGGGUCUGACCCCCCUGCACGUGGCCGUCAGCUCGGGCGCCCGCGAGAGCGUCCUGCUGCUGCUGGAGCACGGGGCCGACGUCGACGCAGUGGACAUCAAGAGCGGCCGCUCGCCGCUGCUGCAUGCGGUGGAGAGCAACAGCCUGGAGAUGGCCGAGUUGCUCAUCCAGCGGGGCGCCAGCGUCAACGCCCAGUCGUACGCGGGGUGCACGGCGCUGCACGCGGCGGCGGGACGGGGGCUCCUGGGGGUCCUGCGGCUGCUCCUGCGCAGCGGUGCCGACUGCGCCCUCAAGAACUACCACAACGACACCCCCCUGGCCGUGGCCAGCAGCCGGCAGGUCAUUGACAUCCUCCGGGGAAAGGCCUCACGGCCCCCCCCAGCCCCCUCCAGCCCCCCCCCACCCCCUGACGGCCCCCCCCAGGCACCCAACGGACGCGCCUCCCCCGCGUCCCCCCCAGCCUCCCUCAGCCCUCCCCAGACCCCGACUGCAGCCAAUCAGAGGGUGGAUUCUGCUGAGCCGACCAAUGGGGUGCAAGGGCCAGGGCCCCACCUGGGGGUGAAGCACGAAGGCGGUGCUGGGCAGCCAAUGGGAUGCACCAUUGGCCCUGCCCUCGCCCUGCCAUUGGCCGAUGCCCACCUGGACCCUGCCUGCCUCUACCCACUGGCGUCGCCUGGCCAGGAGGCCACAGCCAAUCCCCUCGUGCCACGGCCCUUGCACCGCCCACUUGUCUCCCUGGGUCUGCAGGCCAAUCAGGGCCCACUGCAGGCAGCCCAGAUGGACCAAUCACAGAUGCUGGCCGAGGCGGGCAAACACCCUGCUGUGCCCCCUCGGCUCCGCCCCCGGGAGGGGCGGGGCCAGGUGGGAGGGGGCAGGUGACCCCGCCCAGGCCCCUCCCCCAGCAUCCAGGAGGACACGUGACUUCACGCGGAAAAGGGACCCCGGCAUCCGGGAGGGACCCCCGUCCCCAUCCACGAGCAUUAACCCUCCCCCCCCCCCCGGCGGGGGAGGGGCUAGUCCUGUAAUGAGGCGAAUUAAAGCGAUUUUGGCUACAAA